UUUGAGAUUUUUUUUUGCAUUUCGCUGGAGACGUGACCAGCUAACGAUUUUUAACCUAUACAUACACUUACAGUGGAGCGGGAGUUUGGCUAGUUCAUAUAGGAAAAUUGUCUAUGCACAAACCUAUCGAUGAUACGGGUACCUCUGAAGUGUGAAACGAAAUCGAAACGAAACGAAAUAUACCGAAACGUUUCGCACUUUACAGGUACCCUCGAUUAUACAUAUCAUUAAGAAAAAGAUAUCUUUUUUUUUUUUAUCUCCAUUGGGAUAUGUCCUAUAACGCCCGAAGCUUCCAUACUUAUGCAGCAAAUAACCGAAAUACCCGUAUAUCAGGUUUUUUCCACGUGUAUCUAAUUUCCGCUUUGUUCGCAACGAUUUCUGAAUUGCGGAAAUAAAUUUAAGUUUACUUAAGAAUUUUUAUAGUAAUCAAUAAGUAUCCUCCUUGAAUGGCAUAGUCUGAGAUAUUGUAUGGUUAAGCAUGAUGAUGGUUAUUUUGUCCCGUGUCUGAGGACAGGCAGAGAUUGACCAAUCAGAUUCUAACAAUUAAAAUUCCGGCCAUGCGGUGCGUCACUUUGCCUCUUCUCCCACCUACAGCUUUGGAGGACGGACGUUUUUUCAAGUUUGUGAGUUAUUGGUUAGCAAGUACUGUAUUUGCAUUAUGCCAGGAAAAAGAAGCAAACCCCAGCAAUCCAAAACAAACCAGGCGAAACGACCUCGACGUGGCCAAAACAAAAGAGGAGAACGAGAACUUUCUACUGAUGCUGUGACAGGGGAUGUCAGCACUUCACCAACCACUAUUCCUCCUGAAACUUUGGCAGCAUUGACCCAAGCCAUAACAAAGUCGGUUACAGAGAAAGUGUUAGCAGAGAUAAAACCAUUGCUACAACAGCAGGGGAGUAUCUCUGUUCAUAAUGAAGGGUCAGAUUGUCAAAUGAUAAGUAGGUCAGGGAGUGCAAACAUUUCUGGUUUGGUAUCAAGUGCUGUGGUUGAACACAGUUCACAGAUUGUUGGUACUGAAUGCCCAUCUUUAGCAAAUGCAGGCAAGAAGGCAGGAUUUGUAAGCUUUUCUGUACCAAUAGAGGCAAAGGUUUCAGACAAAAUCAAAUCAAAAAUUUGGUCAAAACAGUAUGUUGAUAUGGCUCUGUUGUUAAAAAAGGAAAAGGGAAAAAGUAAAUAUUCUAUCAAAGUUGAAGAACAAGAUCAGUCAGGUAAGGUGGUGAUUCACAAUAUGAGGUCCGAAGAUGAUGACGAUGUAAGGGAUGGCUCCUUAUCCCUGAAUGACUGGGUAACGGCAUGGAAUAGGUAUGCAACAAUACAUUGCAUUAAGUAUACAUCUGCAUAACCAAAACUUGCAAAACAUAUGGAAUCUGUUAGGCAGAUUGCAGAAGACAAGGGGGAUUGGAGAAAAUAUGAUAAGGAGUUCAGGGAACUCAUAGAACAAGGUGAGGUAGAAUGGGGUGACGUCCAUAUGGAGAUAUAUGUUAAUGCUCGCCUCAAGCAAUCUGAGAAAAAGUUGAGCAAAAUUGCAACAGAGCGUUCAACAUUGGGUAAGUAUGAGGAAAUUCCUCAUGGAGCAUGCUUUGCCUUUCACAAAGCUGGGAGAUAUUGUACCCUAGGUGCUUCUUGCAAAUUUCAGCACAGAUGUUUUAAUUGUGGUGGCAUCCAUCCAAUUUAUUCAUGUAAAAAUCUGCUUCAACGGCCAUUUCGUUUCUUGGACAGAGCUAGAACCCAAAAAUCAUUUCAAAGUAAUGGAAAACAAACUUACACAGGUAAUUAUAAAUCCACAAAGGCAACCUAUUCCACAAAAGGGUCCAACGCCAAUAAAUCCCAGUAGGUUAGAGUAUUGGUUAGUGGGGUAUGACAACAUAGAAACUGAAUUUUUAGUUAAUGGUUUUAGAUAUGGUUUUAGUAUUGGUUAUACAGGGGAAAUUGAAAAUAUCGUUUCUAAAAACUUGAAAUCAGCAAAUGACUUACCAGAUGUUAUCAGCAAGAAGUUAGAGAAAGAGAUAUGUUUGGGUAGAAUUAUGGGUCCUUUCACAGAAAAGCCAUUGCCAGUUUUACAUUGUUCCCCCUUAGGUCUAGUUAACAAGAAAACAGAGGGUGAGUACCGUAUGAUUCAUCAUCUGUCAUAUCCAGAAGGUAAAUCGGUCAAUGAUGGCAUCCCAGAAGAGGAGUCAUUUGUUCAAUACUCUUCUGUUGAGGAUGCUAUUCAGUACAUUAAAGAGUGUGGGAAAGGAUCAUAUUGUUGCAAAACAGAUAUUUCUAAUGCAUUUAGGAUUAUCAAUUUACAUGCAUCCCAGUUUAAUAUUUUGGUUUUACAUGGCAAGGUAAUUGGUAUUUUGACACAUGUCUUCAGAUGGGUUGCAGUUCUUCUUGUCGCAUAUUUGAAAGGUUUAGUACGGCGGUUCAGUGGAUAGCACAAGAAAAAUUAGGUAUAAAAUUUAUGACUCAUGUAUUAGAUGAUUUUCUAAUUGUUGAUAAAUCUGCCACAGAAUGCCGCAAAAAACUUGAGACAUUCUUAACAGUUUGUGCUGACAUAGGUAUACCUAUGGCUAAGGAUAAAACAUUCGGUCCAGACAAGAUAAUGACUUUUCUGGGUUAUGAAUUAGACACUGAGAUGAUGGAGGCACGGCUACCUAUUGAUAAAAUUAGAAAAUGUAAGGAUGCAAUUGAGGAGAUUUUGCCUUGCAAAAAGAUUACUUCGAAGGAUAUGCAAUCAGUGAUUGGUCUUCUUAAUUUUGCUUGUAAUGUGGUCUUGCCAGGAAGAGCAUUUCUAAGGCGACUUAUCAAUACCACUGUUGGCAUUACAAAAUCAUAUUAUCGCAUUAGAUUAAACAAAGAGGUAAAAGCAGAUUUACAUACUUGGUUGGCCUUUUUGGAUCAAUUCAACGGUAGGUCAGUUUUCUUACCGGAUAGGUGGGUAGAUUCCAACGAAUUGAAAUUGUAUACAGAUGCUUCAGGAUCUAUUGGAUAUGGGGCAGUGUUAGGAGGACAUUGGUUCUAUGGUACUUGGGAUGUUAAUUGGAAAAAAUGUAAUAUUACUCUCUUGGAAUUUUAUCCAAUAGUUUUAGCUCUUAAAGUGUGGAGUCAUAUUUUGAAAAACAAAUGUAUUUACUUUUACACAGAUAAUUAUACUCUGGUGCAUAUCAUUAACAAACAAUCAUCGAAAGAUAAAUGUAUAAUGUAUCUGGUGAGAGAGUUAGUGCUCAUUUGUUUGCAGUCUAACAUUUUGUUUCAAGCUAGGCAUCUUAGUACCAAAGAAAAUAUUCUAUGUGACUGUUUGUCUCGUUUGAAGGUUCAGCAGUUCCAUCAGUUGGCUCCUUGGAUGGACAAAGAACCGAUGUUGAUUCCUCAGCUGCCAGCCUUACCUCCUUAGAACCAGUCUUGAGGAAUCUGUUGAAUUCAACAUUGGCACCAGCUUCCACUCAGGCAUAUAAAAGGGCAUGGGCUACUUUCAGAAAUUUUGCAAACAAAUUUCAUAUAAGUAAUGAUCUUCCAUUGUCUCAGGAUACUUUGGCAUUGUUUAUCUCUUAUUUAUUUGCUGAAGGUUAUGCAGCCUCUUCUAUUGUGUCAUUUAUUUCAUCAAUAGCAUAUAUACAUAGAAUCAAUAACUUGCCCGACAAUACGUCAUGCUUCCUUGUUCAAAAACUGUUAAGUUCUUGUCGCAAAUCAAGACCUUCAAUGGAUAUUCGUUUACCAAUAACAAUUGCAGUGCUACAUAAAAUCUGUGGGGCAUUAGAAAAUACAGUGUCAAAUAUUUAUAAGAAAGUACUAUUUCAAGCAAUGUUUUUAUUGGCUUUCCAUGGGUUCCUCAGAAUAGGAGAAAUAACAUCAAGUUGCACUGCUAAUCAUAUCUUGCAAAUGUCACAGGUUACUUUUCUAAAAAGUAAAAUUUUGAUUCACUUUCAAAAUUAUAAACAUUCUGGUGGUAAAGUCUUUACACUUACAAUCAAUUCGUGCAACUCUUUUAAAUAUUGUCCAGUCGGGGCAUUAGAUUACUACUUAAAAAUGAGAGGGAGGCGUGAAGGGCCCCUUUUUUGCUACCCCCCAAAUAUCCCUGUCUCAAGGCACGAAUUCUCAAACAUAUUAAAAGAGAGUCUCAUGUUUUGUAAUUUGGAUGUUAAUAGAUUCAAAGGACAUUCUUUUCGAAUUGGAAUGGCCUCUUACUGUGCAUCACGGGGGAUGAGUGAUAGUCAGAUUAGAUUCCUGGACAGAUGGAAAUCAGAUGCAUUUAAAUCUUACAUAAGACAUGUGACACCAUGUUGAUAUAUGUCUGGGUUGAAGUGGAGCUAAAAGGCAGAUCUCAGUGUUCUUUACAUGUGCAGGACCUUGACUUCCAAGUGUGUUUCAGGAUUAUUACCUAACGGGGACAUAUGCUUAAGUCAUUUGUUAAUACUUAGGCUGGUAAAUGUUCAAGCUACACACAUAUAUGACGGUGGUGAAAUGACAGUGAGAAAUGUUACAUGCGAUGUACUGUUUGUAUGGGGCAUAUGUUUAUCCCUUAUCAAGAACAUUUAUGCCUGAGUCAUUUGUUAAUACUCAGGAUCACAUACAAACCAAAUCCUCAAAUGACGGUAAUACUUUGAUUUUGUUGUAACGAGGGCAUAUGUUUAUCUCUCAAAGAGCAAUUUUAUCAUUAUUAUUAUUGAGUUGUAAUAGAUACAUGUAUAUUUUCCUACAUGUCUCAUGGACAAGUUGUGUUUCUGUUGUAGUACGGGACAUAUGUUUAUUCCCAUAUUGCAAUGUCCAAAUUAUGUAAUUGUUACCCACUACUGAUAAUUUUAUGGUUUGAUGUGUGUUGCCACAGUUUUCCUUCAUGGGUCUGAACUUUCCCUGUUUCGGUCAAGUCAGUGGCGUUUUCAGACCCAUUUUCAUAAUUUUUCGGUUAAGUUUUAAUUACUGGAAAUUUGGAUUAUCUCCCUUUACAAAAUUAGUUUAUUUUUCAUAUUUACAUUUUUUGUCUGUUAAAAUUAUAUGACAUUGUUAAUAAUACUUUUGAGAAUUUCAAACAAAUUAUUAAACGUCACAAAGGUGGCAACACACGACAAACUGUUCUUCAGGCUUUUUAUUCAUUAGAGGAGGAUAAGAUAUGGUGAUUUUAUUGAUGAGAGGAUUUUGGAAAGAAAGAAGCAAAUUAAUGGGUUACUGGGCAAUAAAAAGACUUAUUGCAUUAAUAUAAAUAAAUUUAAGUUUACUUAAGAAUUUUUAUAGUAAUCAAUAAGUAUCCUCCUUGAAUGGCAUAGUCUGAGAUAUUGUAUGGUUAAGCAUGAUGAUGGUUAUUUUGUCCCGUGUCUGAGGACAGGCAGAGAUUGACCAAUCAGAUUCUAACAAUUAAAAUUCCGGCCAUGUGGUGCGUCACUCUGCCUCUUCUCCCAUCUACAGCUUUGGAGGACGGACGUUUUUUCAAGUUUGUGAGUUACCUCCUUCCGCCCCUCCUCCGCCAAUUUUUGUUGUUAUUUGAAAUUUGUAAAGCGUUUUCAGACCCAUUUUCAUAAUUUUUCGGUUAAGUCUAAGUUUUAAUUACUGGAAAUUUGGAUUAUCUCCCUUUACAAAAUUAGUUUAUUUUUCAUUUUUUGUCUGUUAAAAUUAUAUGACAUUGUUAAUAAUACUUUUGAGAAUUUCAAACAAAUUAUUAAACGUCACAAAGGUGGCAACACACGACAAACUGUUCUUCAGGCUUUUUAUUCAUUAGAGGAGGAUAAUAUAUGG